AUGACCCUUGAUUCUUCGAUGGCAAAGCGGAAAGAUGUGCAGACAUAUGCAAAAGCGAAGAUCACAGUCAAAGUCGUCGCAUUGACGCGGCAAGACAGACAUUCAGGAAAAGGUUUGGAGUGGAGUUCCGUGUCGCAUCUCGUUCGUGCCUGCUUCUUCUCUGGAGACUUGCAGAACAUGAACUACGACUUGGAGUCGUAUCUGCUGUACACUGACACGCAACUCGAGGAAGUUUAUGCCGAAGGCAAGCAAGGGCUGAGUUGUCUGUACCCCAAGCACGGCGAUCCCAAUGCACUGUUGCAGAUUUCCAACAACCAGGACUUGUUCAGCCAUCCACGAUCGAAGGAAUGGAUGCACAUUGACCACGCCUCAUCGUCCGUCGAGGCCCGCGACUUGAACGCUUCUCCUGUUGCCACCCCGGCUGUCUCUGAAUCAAGAUACCCUUAUACCAAGAAGGUCAAGACUACUUCUGCAACAUCAUACUCGACCACACCAUUGGCAACUCGUGCUGUAUCAACUGCCGGGAGCGGACCCUCGGCAACAAGUAGCUGCGUCCCGCACUCCAUCUGUGUAGACAAAAUCAGCCCUUGCGGCAAGCGCUAUGGAGGAUGCUACGACGAGAAUUUCUGCGAUGGAGACACAAGUCCAUACCCUAUUCCAACUUGUGCAACUAUGGUGACGAUGAAGCGAGCAGCCGCCGCCGCCGAGCCUGCCAUCACACCAGCCUGA